UUUUUUAGUAUUUACAGUUUUUGUAAAAUUAUUAAGACCAUAUAAAUGAAAUUUCUUAAUGCUACUUUAUUUUCUUCAAAAAUAAUAAAAAAUAUGCCUAAGCCUAAGAAAAAUACAAAACAGGUUCAAGAUAAAUUAGAAACUGUUCAGUCUGGACCAAUAACAGUCGACAAAUCAGGAGGCAUUGUUAUUAAAAUAAAUGCCAAACCUGGUGCUAAAAAUAAUAAUAUAACAGAUAUAUCUUCUGAUGGUAUUGGUGUUCAGAUAAAUGCACCUCCAACUGAUGGUGAAGCUAAUACAGAAUUAAUAAAAUAUCUAUCAAAAGUAUUAGGUUUGAGAAAAAGUGAUUUAAGUUUAGAUCGAGGUUCAAGAUCAAGAAAUAAAAUUUUAAUUGUGCAAACUUCAUUAGGCAUAGAAGGCAUCACUGAAAAAAUUAACCAAGAAAUUAAAGAAAGUCAUUAACAAAAUAUGAUAAACUUAAAAUGGAUGUUAAAAUAACUAUAAAAUAUUAUUGAAAAAGGACACUGUUGGUAUAUUGAUAUUAAUGGGUCAUUAACACAAUUAUGUGUAACAUCUGUAUUGAACGUGUAAUGGACAAAGUAAUAUUUAUAGCUUAUGUAUAUCAUAUGAAUUGGACAGAGCACAUAAUUGCUAUUUUAGAAUUUUUGUAUGGAAUGCUAAAAUCGUUUGCUGUGUUGAAACUAAUUAUAGAUAACAUACAAAAUGUGUUAUAGACCAAAUUGGAUGCAAAUGUUCCUACUAUGAAGAUACAUACUGUCUAUACAAUAUUUCAUUUCAGUCAUCUCACAAAAUUAUACUGUCAAUGAAUAGGUUACCAAAAAAAUUAAUUUUUCGUUAUUACAGAAAUUAUAAUUUAAUAUAAUAUGUAUGUGAUUUUUAA